AUGACCGCCGAAUUCAUUGGCUACAAUGUUCUCAUGACGCUGAAAGAACCAGCAGGUGGACGGUUGGUGGGCCAGGUCGCCAACGUCUUCGGGCAGCGUCUGCUGCUUCAGGAUGGUGAGAAUGAGGGGAGAUGGUUGACGGAGCCAUCCCCUGUGGCUCUGGCCACCAGGGUUGUAGGCGCUGGGGGACGGACGGCAGUCGGGUAA